AUGGAAUCAACUAAUAGGGGAAAUUUUUUAGAGCUUGUGAAAUAUACUGCAGGGCAGAAUGAGCUAGUAAGCAAAGUUGUGUUGGAGAAUGCUCCAAAAAAUAAUCAGAUGAUAUGUCCUGAAAUUCAGAAAGAUAUAGUGCAUUGCUUUGCAAAGGAAGUUAUUAGAUUUAUAAUUCAAGAAGUUGAUCAUGAUGUAUUUUGCUUGUUGGUGGAUGAAUCUGCAGAUGUUUCUGAUAAAGAACAAAUGGCAGUGGUUUUUCGUUUUGUUGAUAAACAUGAGACAGUCAAAGAAAGAUUUAUUGGUUUUGUCCAUGUUAAAGAAACAACUUCUGCAUCUCUGAAAUGUGUUAUUGAUUCAUUGUUUGCCAAACAUGGUUUGAGUAUGAAACAAUUAAGAGGACAGGGCUACGAUGGAGCAAGUAAUAUGAAAGGUGAAUUUAAUGGAUUAAGAUCUCUGAUUUUGAGAGAAAAUAGUUCUGCUUAUUAUAUCCAUUGUUUUGCUCAUCAGCUUCAGUUAGUUGUCGUGGCAGUUGCUAAAAAGCAUUUUGAAGUUGGAGACUUCUUUGAUAUGAUUUCUGUUUUUGUAAAUGUGGUUGGAGCUUCUUGUAAGAGAAAGGAUAUGAUUCGAGAAGAAUAUCGAAAAAGAAUCGAGGAAGGAAUCAGUCGAGGUGAAAUUAAGACAGGAAAAGGAUUGAAUCAAGAACUCUCACUACAGAGACCUGGUAAUACUCGUUGGGAUUCUCACUACACAACAUUACUGCGGUUGGUUGAUUUAUUUUCUAUUAUCAUUAAAGUACUUGAGUAUAUCGAAAAGAAUGGUUCUGAUAGUACCAAAAGACGACAAGCUAAUGGUCUUCUUAAAUACUUUAAUACCUUUGAUUUUGUGUUCUACCUGCAAUUGAUGUUGCUUAUCCUUGGUCUCACGAAUAGUUUAUCAGUGGCUUUACAAAGGAAAGACCAAGACAUUUUGAAUGCUAUGAGCCUAGUGAAAUCCACCAAACAACAAUUAUGCAAGCUCCGAGAUGAUGGAUGGGAUUCUCUUCUUACUAAAGUUUUUGCUUUUUGUGAGAAUCAUGACACUGAGUUGCUCAUUAUGGAUGACGAAUUUGUUGACCCAAGAAAGCCAAGAAAAAGAAGCAACAUGACCAACUUGCAUCAUUAUCAAGUGGAGUGCUUUUACACUGUAUUGGAUAUGCAAAUUCAGGAGUUUAAUGAUCGUUUUGAUGAGGUAAACACUGAAUUAAUUGGUUGUGUUGCUUCUUUAAGUCCUAUUGAUUCAUUUCAUGAGUUUGAUCCGUUGAAGGUUAUGAGAUUAUCUGAGUUUUAUCCCGAAGAUUUUACUUCUGUCGAUCGAAUAUCACUUGAACACCAACUUGGUUUGUACAUCGAUAAUAUCCGGGAAGAUGAAAGAUUUGCUAAUUUGAAGAGUCUGGGGGAUCUUGCACAUGUGAUGGUAGAGACAAGGAAAUAUAUUUCGCAUCCUCAGGUUUGUCGACUUCUGAAGCUAGUUUUGACUUUACCUAUAGCCACGACAACGGUUGAAAGAUGUUUUUCUGUAAUGAACAUUAUGAAGACUAGUUUGCGCAACUGUAUUGGUGAUAAGUUUCUAAAUGAUUGUUUAGUCUCUUUUAUUGAAAAGGAAUUAUUUGAUAAGGUGACAAAUGAAACAGUGAUGAAAAUGUUUCAGGAUAUGAAAGAACGUAGGAUAACUUUAUAA